UUUUUAAUAAUUGUUUUGAUGAGAGAGUGGAAUUUCAAGGACCCCACGAUAUCUUUUUACACGCACCGGACACAAUCCCCGUGAAAAAUAGGGGAUUCAGUGCGUGUGUUACUUGGUGAGCAAGCUACAUCUUUGUCUAUCUUUCCUUCAAGUGCUGUACUCCCGGUUUACUCCUCAAUGGCAACGCCGGCGAUCGCAUCAAAAUAUGGGAAAAAGAGAAAGCGAAAGAGGUCAGCCGCGGAAAGAAAGCUCGGCAUAGGUGAAAGAGUGGAGGUAAGGAGCGAGGAAGAUGGGUUUCAAGGCUCAUGGCAUCCUGGGACUGUUAUCGCAUGUUAUAACCAAGGUCGUCGUGUUAAAUACGACCAUAUCCUAUGCAACGACGGGUCUGAUAAUCUUGAGGAUGCUGUGCAUGUUUCGCCUUUAUUGGAUGGCAUUGAUUUUGCCACUGCGAAAAGCCAUAAUUAUCGUGGGUCUAUAAGGCCGUUGCCACCUCAUGUGGAGUUUAAUAAAUGGGGCCUUCCCUAUGGUCUGUGUGUGGAUGUGUAUUAUCAGGACGCUUGGUGGGAAGGUGUGAUUUUUGAUCGUAAUGAAGGUUCGGAUGAGAGAAGGAUUUUCUUUCCUGAUUUAGGUGAUGAAUUAAAGACAGGAAUUCACAUGUUUAGAAUAACUCAGGACUGGAGUGAGGUUACAGAGAAUUGGCAGCCUCGUGGGACCUGGUUAUUUCUCCAGUUGAUUGAGGAAUAUGAACAAGAGGCAUAUCUUGGCGUUUCAGUGAAGCAAAUAUGGUAUGACUUACGGGGAAAAAAAGGUUUUGGGGAGAUUAAGGUGUGGACCUGUACCAGGAAAGACUUGUGGAAAGAGUUAAUGUUGGAGGUCAUUGAUGAGAACUUGAGUAUCAUCCUAAAAGAUGUAUUUUGGGUUUUCAAUCCCUGGGGCUUGUUACAAGAAACCAGUGGAGGAUUGGUGUCAGCUAGAACUACCGUUGAAGUUGAUAUGAGCCCUGAAGCAAAUUUGGCUAACUCUCUUGCUAUUGUCCCCGUUGAGAAUGAGUUGUGUAGUGAUUCAUUUAUUGAUCAAGAGAAACCUUCUGUGGAUGGAUUAUUUUCUACUUUGGAUGUUGAUGAGUCAGAUAUAAAACUUUUAGCCGACUCAAAUGUACCUUGCCAUAGUAAAGCAGUGUGUCUGGUAGCUGAGAAUUUGCCAGUAUUGCCUUCCAAUCCAGAUGGAAUUUCUAGCACCAACUCAGUGACGAUUGGUGAAGAACUCUCUAGUACUAAUUCUCAUAAGAUCAAUUGGAAUCCCAAAUGUUUGACACUAAGAAAAACUAAAUAUUGGCUGCCUGCUGGCCCUGAUUUAGUUCCUGGAGCUGCAUUCUGCCCAAUUGCUGUUACUGAUUACGCACAUUUAAGUAUGAAUAACAGAAAGCCUGGGAAUUCUUUAACCACAAAUGUGCGGAAGCAUCUAUCAUACCUGGGUUGGAAAAUUGAGUUUAUGAGAGAUGGGGGCAUAAAUAGACUACGCUAUACCUCACCUGAUGGGAAAUGUUACUAUUCACUUCGUCAGGUCUGUGAUGAUAUGAGGGAAUCCAGCACAGAGAUGAUCUCUUUAAUCUCAGACGGCCAGAGAAGUUUGCAUAUUUCACCUGAUCAUAACACUCGAACAUUGAGGUUAAAAGCCAGCUUCCCAAAGUUAAAAAGAAGAAAGUUGUUUGGACGAUUGACAAAUUUAAGAAAUGGUCUGCAAAGUCAUUGUCCAACCCGUAUCCUAUUAUCAAGCAAAAGAGUGCAGCAGGUGGUUACUCCUAGACCCUCACACCACAAUCCUCGAACUGUACUCUCUUGGCUGAUAGACAACAACGUGGUGUUGCCAAGAGCAAAAGUAUAUUACUGUAGCAGAGAUAGCCACCAUUCAAUGGCAGAAGGGCGGAUAACUCGUGAUGGAAUAAAGUGCAGCUGUUGUGAGAUGGUGUUUACUCUUCAUAACUUUGAAGUUCAUGCUGGCAGCAAAAACCACAGACCAGCUGCUAAUAUUUUUCUGGAAGAUGGCAGGUCUCUGUUAGAUUGUCAAAUGCAAAUGAUGCGUGCUCAGAAGAUAGGAAGCUUCAUGAGAAAACCGGAAGAUAGGAUAGACGAAAAUUCUCAUGAAGGCAAGAAUGACAACAUUUGUUCUGUUUGUCACUAUGGCGGUGAAUUGAUUUUAUGUGAUAACUGCCCAUCUGCAUUUCAUACAGGCUGCCUCAAUUUGAAGGAUGUUCCAGAUGGUGAUUGGUUCUGCCCAUCAUGUUGUUGUGGAAUUUGUGGGCAAAGGAAAUUUGAAAGCAACUGUGAACAUCUGGUUGAUGACACUGUUCUCACAUGCAAUCAGUGUGGGCGUAAAUAUCACGUUGGCUGCUUAAGAAAUAGAGGAGCCGAUAAGCUGGAAAUAUAUCCUGAAGACAAAUGGUUUUGCUGCAAAAAGUGUGAACAGAUAUUUUUGGGCCUCCAAGAGACUUUAGGCAAACCAAGUCCAGUGGGUGAGGGUACUCUGUCUUGGACAUUAUUAAAGCCAAUGACGCCUGAUAGUCAUGAUGUUGAGGCCUUGUCAGAGAAUUAUAGCAAGCUUAGUGUUGCUCUUGGUGUGCUGCAUGAGUGUUUUGAACCUAUUAAGGAACCUCGCACUUGCACAGAUCUUGUUGAAGAUGUUAUUUUUAGCAGAGGGUCCGAGCUUAACCGUUUGAAUUUUCGAGGGUUCUACACAGUGCUUUUGGAGAGAAAUGAUGAAAUGAUUGCUGUGGCUACUGUAAGGAUCUAUGGAGGGAAGGUGGCAGAAAUACCGCUUGUUGGGACUAGACUCCGAUAUCGUCGACGUGGAAUGUGCCGCAUCUUGAUGAAUGAGCUGGAAAAGAAGCUCAUGGAACUCGAAGUUGAGAGGCUUUUUUUGCCUGCAACUCCUAGUGUGCUGAACACGUGGACUACUUCUUUUGGGUUUACAAAGAUGACAAGUUUGGACAGAUUUCUAUUUUUGGAUUAUACUUUCUUGGAUUUCCCGGAUACUGUCAUGUGCCAGAAACUCCUAAGAAAGAACCCUCCAAUUGAUUCAAAGCCAUCAAGAGGAACACAGCAUGAUCUUGUCUGUGGAACCAGGGACGAUACUGAUUUGGAUGUGUCCAGUGCCGUCUCUGAAGUAUAUCAAUCAGAACAAGUGGAUGAGAGCACGUUUAUCAAACAGGGGUUAGUGACGACUGCAGGCACCAAAGGAGGCGGUAGCAUCAGCCCAGUUGAUAUGGUGGAUCAACAAUGUCUCAGCGAAACCAGUAGAGAGUGCUUGGUUGAAGCUGCUAAUUUUGACAAGACAGUCAGAAAAAAGAGUGAUUCUGAUCUCAAGUUCUACAAGCGGAGGAGGGUAUCAUGAUAUCAUCCCACAGAAGCUGAGCUUGGUUCUAUUGCCCAGAAAACUAAAUAGAUCGAUCUAAAUGCGAUCACAGCGCAGCGAAGUGAAAAUCGUUCUAGCCUGUCAGGGUGAGGGUAGAAGAAUUAUGAGAUAGUUGUUUAGACUUUGAGUACUUCAAGUUUUGCUCCACCAGAUGAUUGUACAGAAUACGUUAGGAAGGAGCUUCGAGGUUCUAGAGAUGGAUGUGACUAUAGAGCUAACUUUUAUUUUUCUUGGAUGCAUAGUAUUGGUGUAGAAAUGUAGCCAUUCAAACAUCUCCAGCAAAAUUACGAUGCAUAUCUGGGACUUACAAUCUUAAAGGGAAGAAACAAAAGAGAUUUUUACAACAGCA